CGGAAGCAGGCGGUUUGAGGGAGAAAAUGGCGCCGAGCCGGAGUAAGGGUCCGGCUGUGAGGAGGAAAAACAAUGUGCUGAGGAGCUUAUACCGGCUAAAGAUAACUGGCCAGUUCUCUCAUCGAAUGUUUCAAAAUUUACCACCCAUUCUUUGUGUCCCCUUGAAGAACAUUGUGGAUGAUGAUUUUUUACUAGCUGGCCAUAUAUUCCUCGGUUUUACAAAAUGUGGUAGGUAUGUAUUGUCUUACACCAGGGAUGUGCCAGAGCAAGAGUUUGAUGAAUUACCCCACUAUGUGUAUUAUCUGUACUGGUGGAAGUUCAACAUCCAUGAUAAGUUGAAAAAGGUUAGGCAAGUGCAUCUUUUCAAAGAUCAGGAAGUAUACAGUGACCUGUAUCUAACUGUCUGUGAAUGGCCAAGUGAUCCCUCAAAGCUUAUUGUGUUCGGCUUCAACAUUCGGUCGGUAAAUGAUCUGCUGAUAAAUAUGGUUAUGAGUGAUGAAAAUGACAGAGAUAUUUAUAUUACAACUGUUGCCACACCACCAUUUGUGCUUUGUCCCGACUGCAGAGACAUGGCUUUGCUUAACACAGGUGAGCAGAAUGCCUAUUGCCUGCAGCACGGCUUCAUGCUUCACACCAAGUACCAGGUGGUGUAUCCCUUUCCCACGUUCCAGCCUGCUUUCCAGCUCAAGAAAGAUGGAGUAGUGUUACUUAACACCAGCUACUCCCUCGUAGCAUGUGCAAUAUCUGUAAAUACAGCAGGUAAAACGGGACAAGUUCUGUACAGCAAGAGCAGUGAAAAAGAUGAACCUCCAGGAGAUCAUGAGGUGGACCCUGGGAGUUUAAUUUCACCGGGAUUGAGCAGUGUCACGUCUAACCGUCACUGCGAAGGCACAAAACGCCCUUUGUGUGGCCAAGAAACCUUGGACUCCACCUCGCACAGAGCAGAUGCUAACAACUGCUUGCACGCUGAAAACUGCUCGGAGGAAGUGUCGAGCUGGGAACAUGAAGCCUGUAAGCACACCGUUUUGGCAGUGUGUAACCCUGUCCACUGUGACCGAACCACUGCUGCAGGCAAAGCAAAGGAAUUUGCAGCUGACAUCUUCAGGCGAGCAAGAGCUGCUACCAACACUCCAGAAACAAUGAGCAGUUUGGACAUACAAAAGGAGGGUGCCCUGCAAAGGAAACUCACAGAAGACUGCCUCAAUAUCCUUAAUCCACAAAGAAGCGGAACUUCAGAAAUCCUUCCUUCCUCCUCCUGUGAACCCAAAUUAGAGAUCCAGUGUUCUAGUUGUGUUGCAGACACUAAUGGUUAUGCCUUAAGUACCAAGGAAUCACGUUCAGUUGUUUUGGGAUGCACAUGUACCACCCUUGGGAAACCCACUCUGGACAAUGGUGUACCAUCUGCUGCUCAAACAAGGACUGAAGGGACAAGUGAGUUUGUGCAGAAUGAAUCUAGCGCAAUGGAUAAUACUGGCAGCCAGCACCAGGAAACUGGACAAACAGAUCCUGCUUAUGUGAACUACAUAAAGCUGCACUAUGUUCUGGAACCCACUGGCAUGGUGGUAGAUGAUGAAGGAUAUGACGAUAAGAUCUCAUUGCCCUUUGUAGUGACUGACCUGAGAGGAAGGAAUCUGAAGCCUUUUAAAGAAAAUGCCUUGUAUCAGGGCAAGUACCUGACUGUAGAGCAACUGACACUUGACUUUGAAUAUGUUAUUAAUGAGGUUAUAAGGAAUGAUGCAUCCUGGUCAAAACGCUACUGUUCCUUCAGUGAUUAUGAUAUAGUAAUCCUAGAGGUAUGCCCUGUGACCAACCAUGUCAUCAUUAACAUAGGAUUGCUGCUCUUAGCAUACCCUUCAGAUGAGGAAGGACAAGUAAGGCCCAAAGCAUAUCACACAUGUUUGAAGGGCGCGUGGAAUCUAAAUACCGGCAUCUUUGCGACUGUGGGCGUUGGAGACUUAACCGCUGUCCAGGGUCAAACAAGUGGCAGCGUUUGGAGUACCUUUCGGAAAAGCUGUGUUGAUGUAGCAAUGCGAUGGCUAGUCCCCGAAAGUACCUUUCGCAAUGUGAACAGGAUGACUAAUGAAGCUCUGCAUAAAGGUCGCUCGCUGAAGCGCCUGGCGGAUAGUGGACGCAGUAUGUGGAUUGUUCUGUAGUCGUGACUCACCGUCGUUCAUUCAGACAACAAUUUUUAAAGGGAAGAAUCAAGAGACCAUCUUUCAAGAACAAAGCCAGCUGCACAUGCAUUGAAGAUUUUAAGACAUUUUAUAUUUUUGUUUGAAAAAGCUACCUCUUCAUUCAGAUUUUUGUUUCAGUCAUUCCUUUCCAAGCCAUUAACUAAGGCCAUAACCUUGGAGAUUUUAGGAAUAAGAACUUGUUUUCCAAGAGUGUGCACGACAUUGAAUAGUUACGUUUUUUUUGGAGACCGGUGCUUAACUUACAAGUACUAUCCUUCCUCCUCACUGAAGUUUAACAUCUUUGAUGUCUGUAUUACCUCAGUAUCUAAUAUAGAACUUUGUUAGUCUGUGUUAAUGUUUUUGGAAAUUUCCAGGAUGCUUAGCUGGAUUUUUUUUUAGAAAGGCCAUUUAAGUAACCUUUAACAUUAUUUAGGAUCUAGUUUGAAAGUGCGAAGAGCUGCUUACAUUCCUUCCUUGAAUCCUCCUGGUUCAUGGCUUUUUGACUAAGAAUGCUGCUUGUCACUGAACAGAAGGCAGAUUCUUCAUAGCAGCCAAUCUCCUUCAGAAUUCUUCAGUGGGUUGGUGUUCUGGUUACAGAAUCGCAGGUGACGAGCGAUGUAACCAGUUUCCAGUUCGAGCUGUUGCCAAGUAUGGAUGUGUUCCUCUCUGAUUAUUAAUAAAGGAGAGACAGAA